ACUUGCCACGGUUGAUUUCUCUUGACAUGAGUUUUAAUUUCUUUAACAGCUCUAUCCCUCCUAAAUUGUUCUCUUUGAAGUCUCUUCAGUAUCUUAACUUAAGCGAAAGUGGUUUUAGAGGAGAGAUUCCUGGAGAUGCGUUUGUGAACUUGACCAGCUUGAUCUCUCUCGACAUGAGUUACAAUGGUUUCCAAGGCUCUAUCCCUCCCAAAUUGUUGUUCUAUUUAAAGAAUCUUCAGUAUCUUAACUUAAGAUGGAGUGGUUUUGAAGGAGAGAUUCCUGGAGAUACAUUUGUGAACUUGCCAAGGUUGAUCUCUCUUGACAUGAGUUCUAAUUUCUUUAACGGCUCUAUCUCUCCUAAAUUGUUCUCUUUGAAGAAUCUUCAGUAUCUUAACUUAAGCUUAAGUGGUUUAGAAGGAGAGAUUCCUGGAGAUGCGUUUGUGAACUUGACCAGCUUGAUCUCUCUCGACAUGAGUGAUAACAAGUUUAACGGCUCUAUCCCUCAUGAAUUGUUCUCCUUAAAAAAUCUUCAGCAUCUUGACUUAAGCAGGAAUGUUAUUGGCGGUACAUUGAGUGGUGACAUCAAAGAGCUCAAGAAUCUGCAGGAACUGAUCUUAGAUGAGAAUCUCAUUGCAGGAGAGAUUCCUCCAGAAAUAGGUAGUCUUGGCGAACUGCGGGAGCUGAGUUUGAGGCAGAACAAAUUCAGUGGUUCCAUACCAUCGUCUGUAUCACGGUUAACGAAGCUCAAAAGGUUUGAUCUUCAGAACAAUUCCUUGUCUUCUGAAAUUCCAGAUGGUGUUUGGAACUUAGUCAAUCUAUCAGCUCUGUCUUUGAGCAUGAACAAGUUGUCCGGUGGAAUUCCAUCGUCGAUUCAGAAUCUGAAAAAUCUUGAAUCCCUUGAGCUUGAGAAUAACAAUGGCUCGUUAAGUGAGAUUCGCACAGCUUGGUUGUUUGGUCUUCAGAAGCUGAAGAUACUGCGGCUUGGAGGAAACAAACUCCAAUGGAACAACAAUGGUUUUGCCUUUCAACAGUCUAAGUUAACACAUCUGUCACUUGGUUCUUGUUGCUUAGAAGGGAAAAUUCCGGAUUGGAUCAAGAAUCAAACAAGUCUUGAAUACUUGGAUUUGAGCAUGAACAGACUCGAAGGAAGUUUCCCCGCAUGGCUAUCUAAUCUGACAAUCGGAGUCAUAAUUUUGUCAGACAACAGACUUUCAGGCUCACUGCCUCCAAAUUUGUUUCAGUCUAUGAACUUAUCCUAUGUUGCACUAUCAAGGAACAACUUCUCUGGUCAGAUCCCUGAUGCUAUUGACGUAUCAUCAUCUAUCAUGGUACUCAUGCUGUCUGAAAACAACUUCUCAGGAUCAGUACCAGAGUCUAUUACAAAGAGCUCCUUGCUGAAUUUGUUGGAUCUGUCAAAGAAUAGAUUAUCAGGUGAAUUCCCGAGGUUUGGUCCCGAGUCAGUACUUGUGUGGCUCGAUAUAUCUUCCAACGAGUUCUCUGGGGAUGUUCCAGCUUACUUUGGGGGAUACAUCAGUAUGCUCUUAAUGAGUGACAACAAUUUCAGUGGCGAAUUUCCUAAGAACUUCAGAAAUUUCUCACGUCUGAUCCGUCUUGAUCUCCAUGACAACAAAAUCUCUCGAGAGUUUGCGAGUUUAACCUCCCGGUUACCUUCUUCAUUAGAGGUUCUUAGCCUAAGAAACAAUUCCCUCAAAGGUUCAAUCCCAGAAGGCAUAUCAAAUCUCAUAAGGCUUCAGGUCUUGGAUCUCUCUGAGAACAACCUUGAUGGAUAUCUCCCUUCAUCUCUUGGGAAUCUUACAUGCAUGAUAAAAUCUCCUGUGAGCUCAUCUAAGGUUAUGCGUAACGUUCAGACCGGCUUUAACGACGCAGAAAGGUUAAGAGACAACAAAGCACAAAAUAUAUUUAGUCUUGUAGUGAACUGGAAGAAAUCAAAACAAGUUCUUUUCCAGAGAAACUUAUACCUCUACACUCUCAUAGAUCUCUCCAAGAACAAGCUACACGGAGAAAUCCCAGCUUCUUUAGGCAAUCUCAAAAGCCUAAAGCUUUUGAACCUCUCCAAUAACGAGUUCUCUGGAUCAAUCCCACAAAGUUUUGGAGAUCUCGACAAGCUAGAGAGCUUAGACCUUUCACACAACAACCUCAUUGGCGAAAUCCCGAAAACGUUAUCCAAGCUAAGCGAGCUGAAUACUUUGGAUUUGAGUAACAACAAGCUUACAGGUAGAAUCCCUGAAGGUCCUCAGCUAGACAGAUUGAAUGAUCCAAACAUUUACGCCAACAACAGCGAAAUCUGUGGAGUGCAAAUCCAAGUACCAUGCUCUACGCAGAAGAAGGAGCCACCAAAUGAAGAAGAAGAAGGGGAAGAUAAAGAAGAGGAAACAAUGUUUUCAUUAAAAGCUGCAGCCAUAGGUUAUUCUUGCGGAUUUCUUAUGGCACUUGUGUUAAUGUAUUCCAAUGGGAUGUGGAAGUAACAUAAAUUAGCACUCAUCAAAAAAAUAUUUAAAAUAAAAUUUCUUGGAAGAGAAGUG